CAGUUUUGGCCUUUAAUCUCCAGUAAAUGGUUACUGGAAGAGUACGCGAACAGACCUAUUGUGAAUGGCUGAUUGCCAGUCGCGUCAUCCCUAAAACAAUGUUUUGAUUUUUUCUCAUCCUGUUAAAAAAAGUAGUGAAUUUAUGAAAAUUAUAAAAAAAUGAAACUUAGCACAAACAUCAAUCAGUUAUGGCAUAAAAGGAAAACGAAUAGCGAUGAGAAUUGGUGCACCUACCUUUUCUUUGCAGUUCUGCGCAUUGUGCUGGUCUUCAUUGGUUCUGGAUAUGUGCAUCCUGAUGAAUUUUUCCAAACUAUUGAAGUGAUGAAUGGAGACCAUUUUCGUUUGGAACAUGUUCGAACGUGGGAAUUCAACAACACAAUGCCGGUACGCAGCAUUACACUCCCUUUUUUACUUCUUAGAGUUCCCUGGAGCUUUCUAGAAUUUGCAGCUCUGUAUAUGAGAGAGUUCUUAAACAUAGAAAUUCUAUGCAGCUACACAUAUUUGGUGUUUCCCCGUUUGAUAUAUUGCAUUAUAUCGUUUGCCAAUGAUUGGGCCUUGUACCGGGUGUGCAGUCUAUACAGUCUAAGGUAUGAAAUUCGUCUUUUGGCAUUAAGCAGUAGUUGGGUCAUGUUGGUAUUUGGCACUCGCACCUUUUCCAACUCCAUAGAGAUGGCAUUGUGUUCUCUGCUUUUGUAUUUUGUGGCCGAAUGCAUGAUUGCCACUAACACCAUUGUGUACAAGAAGGAAUUUCUUGAGGAGAAAUAUGACAAAGCCACAUCUAUAGGUGAACGUGUUAAAAUAUGGAAACUUAAAAAUGCUUUGCCAACUCAUAACUUUAAUAAGAUUUUCGCCAUGUCCACAUUGUGCGUAGUGGGCAUUUUCAAUCGCCCAACAUUUUUGUUAUUUGGAGCUCCCAUGGUUUUCUAUUGGCUACUAAGGGGCAUGGGCACAAAAAGUGUAACAUUUACAGACUUUCAUUUAAGAAUGUUGCUGUUCUGUUUGAGUGCUGUUCCCUCUAUAUUGGUAUUUGUAUUGUGUGAUUCCCUGUACUAUAAAUAUUUGACUUCUGGUGAAAUUAUGACCAAGGCAGUGGGCAUAGACAACUUUGUGUUUACUCCUUGGAAUUUUAUCAAAUAUAAUCUAGAUUCGAAAAAUACAGCAGAGCAUGGAUUGCACCCCAAGUAUAUACAUUUGCUGGUUAAUGUUCCCUUGCUGUAUGGCGUUCUGGGUGCUAUAGCCCUUGUUUCAUUUGGCCAACUAAUGAUACGUUUCUUCCGCGCUGAAUAUCAGGGUCUGCCCAGAGCCCAAAGUAUUGUGGGCCUUAUGUCCGCCUCCAUAUUUGUACCGCUCUUCUUUUUGUCACUGAUCAAUCACCAGGAAGCAAGAUUCCUGCUUCCGCUGACAUAUCCCAUUAUCUUGUUGCAUGGUCCGAAACUUUUGACAGGAUUUUGUGCCCAGUAUCCCUUUCGAAUGGAGCAUGCCUGGUUGAAAGUGUUGUAUGAAAAAAUUCUUUGUACAAAAGCUUCGGCAAUUUAUGUGCUCAAAAUUUGGUACUUUGCUAAUAUAGCACUGACUGUUUUCUAUGGCUUUGUUCACCAGGCCGGUGUUAUUCCCAUGACCCAACAUUUUGAGCAGAUGGUGAAACUUAAGGCAGCUGAUCAAAAUAUUCACCUGAUAACCUCACAUACCUAUAUGUUCCCACUGUCUUUUGUAAAUAUUCCAAGCACUCAAGUAGUUCAUCUUAAUACCCGGACUGGGCAAAGGUAUAGGAAACGCAAGGAUUUCUAUCUAUACGAAUACGGAGGCCUCGAUAUGUCACAGCUAAUUGCUCGCAUUAGACUUAUAACGUCUCAUUGCGAGCUUAAGAAGGAAACGAAAAAUUUUAAAUAUCGCCUAUUUCUGGCCAUACCCUCGUCACUAACGGACGACCUUAAUUUGGCAUUGGUGCAAAACAAUGCCACUUACUUACAUUAUGAGCUCAGACGUGUGUUCUACCCACAUUUGUCCACCGAAGCUUUGCCUCAAUUUCUGGGUAGGCAUCCGGGCAUAGUUGAUCCGCCUCAUUGGUCAGAAGAUGAUUUUCAAGGCACUUGUCUCCUGGAGCAAACUCCCGAACUCAGUUUCAGUUAUGUCAGCAAACAGUUCUCGUCGUUUGUCCAUCAAUUCGGUUUGGCCUUGUACGAGUUUGAGCUUAAGCGAAAUGUACCAAAAAGUAAACGCACCCUCACCAACUCCAAAUGUUAUACUUAGUUAAUUUAAAUGAAAUUAUUAAUUAGUUUUUAAUGUUGUAACCAAAGAUAGGCUAAGCUACUCGAUCAAACAAAUUGUUUGUUGAAUUUACUACAUGAAACAUUCCUGUAAACACCACGAUAACCUUUAAUUUUUUUUACUCAUAACUAUUAGGUCCCUUCUAUUUUCUCUUUAUACACUAAAUAUGCUUUUUAUAAUAAAAAAAAUCAUUGAUCUUUGAAAUUUGGAAAAAAUUGAA